GGACGAGUUGGGAGGCAGAGCUGUCCCUGAGUGGAGUCAUGCAGAGGGUCUGCUACCUCAUCCACCUCACCCUCUUCUGGGCAGGAGUCAUGUCGGCUGCCGUGUUGGUGCCUCAAGACCAAGCAAGGAGUGUGUCUGUGGGGGAACCUGUCACCCUCAGGUGCUCCAUGAAAGGCGAAUCCAUCAGUAACUACUACACCUUCUGGUACAGGAAAACACCGGGUAACACAAUGACUUUCAUAUACCGAGAAGGGGGCACGUAUGGCCCUGGUUUCGAGGACAACUUCCGAGGUAAAAUUGAUUCUUUAAACAACCAGGCUGUGCUGAAUAUCCUGGAGGCAUCAGAGAGAGAUGAAGGAUCUUACUACUGUGCCUCGACCACCACCCUGCUUGAAGGAGGCAUAGAACUGAGGGCAAAGGAAGGCAAAAGGAGGACUGUGUAUAAUCCACUGAUAUUUGGCAAAGGAACCUAUCUGAACGUUGAACCAAAAAUUCAGGCCGUUGCCAACCCAUCCGUUUUUGUCAUGAAAAACGGGACAAAUGUCGCUUGUCUGGUGAAGGAGUUCUACCCCAAAGACGUAACUAUAAGUCUGGAAUCAUCCAAGAUAAUAAGAGAAUAUGACCCUGCUAUCGUCAUCUCUCCCGGUGGGAGGUACAGUGCCGUCAAGCUUGGUCAGUAUGGAGAUCCAGAUUCAGUGACAUGUUCAGUUCAACAUAACAAACAAACCUGGCGCUCUACUGACUUCGAACCGAAGAAAAAUACUUCAGAAAAUUCAAAACCAAAGGAAAUUGAAAACAUCAAGCAAACUCAAACUCCAGAGACCUGCUAUGAGCCCCAAGUUCAAGCCGAGAAGGUGAACAUGAUGUCUCUUGCAGUGCUGGGGCUCCGAAUGCUGUUUGCCAAGAGUGUUGCCAUCAAUUUUCUCUUGACUGCCAAGUUAUUUUUCUUUUAAGGCUGACUGGCAUGAGAAGGCUACACGCCCUGAAAGAAACCAAAAGCCUACAGAGGUGCUAUCUCCUAGGCUUUCAACUUCCUGGUGGUUUAAGUUGACCCGUCCCAGCCUUGCUUAAAUGGCUGUUACCCAAACCAGUUUUCCUUUAAAGGCAACAAACCCAGCUUAUCCUUCAGCCUGAUGAAAGACAGAAGUCCUGGGGAGUGGGGGCUUAUGGUCCCAACUGUUUUACAUGCUGCUUUAUAAAAGGAUACAGAGAUAUGAAGGUAUAUAGGACACAUUUUUUUUCCUACAACUGACACACUUUGAAAAUGGUGUUUUGUUCCUUUGACUUUCUUUGCCUCCAGAAGUAGAAAGUGGGAGCCAUCAGGUUCCUAGCUCCAUUCUCCAAGAGGAAAAUAGAUCCUGGGCUUCUACCUAAACAUAAAAGGCUCUGCUCAACCCAGCACUAGGUUUGCCCCAAACUAGCAUUCUCAUCCACAAAGGCACUUUCUGCUUUUCCUAGUAUUUGACAAACAAAACUACAUUUGACUCCCUAAUACUCUCUGCCCAGGCAAUGGGGUUUCUCAAAUCUCAUCUAAAUACUCUCAGAGUUAUUAGCAGAGAUCAGAGUAAAAUGCAGAGGAAAUGUGUUUCUCUCUAUUAAUUGAUUUAACGAACGUGAAUUACUCCAAGUUCUAGGCACUGUACUGAGGGUGCAAAAAUAAGUAAGACGUGGGUCUUGCUUUCAAACAACUCAUUGUGCAAGUGUUCUGGGAGGGAGGGACAGGAAUGAGAUCCCAAGAUUCCCCCUGUAAGAACAGUGUCUUCAUGCCCCCCUGCCUGCCCAUUUGUGCCCGGGAAGUUUGAAGGCAUUGGACCUUUGGUAUUGAUGGUUUUCUGCCAUUCUUCUUUGUCUCUGUUGCAUGUAUUAAAGUGCAUUGUGUGU